AAGAGGUGGACCUGCAGUUGGAGACUUUACUGCUAUUGAGAGACCCGGUUCACGACCACCUGUACCUCCGAUCCAGGUGAUCGAGGUGAUCCAGGUGAUGCGUCGCCGUCUUCUGGCCUCCGUGGACACCCGCGAACGCACACGCACGCACACACACACACACACACACACACACACACACACACACACACACACACACACACACAGAGUUUUCUUUCCUUUUUUUCGAGACAGGGUUUCUCUGUGUAGCUUUGCGCCUUUCCUGGAACUCGCUCUGUAGACCAGACUGGCCUCGAACUCACAGAGAUCCACCUGCCUCUGCCUCCCGAGUGCUGGGAUUAAAGGCGUGAGCCACCACCGCCCGGCCACAAUUUCUUUUUAAUUAAAUCUUUAAAAAGAGUGACCCCUACAAGCAACUUUGAAGAGGCACGUGCAACUUGUUACGCAUGCGCUCUAUCUUCUCAAUGAUUGGCGUGCGCUUGUAUUUUCUACUUUCCUUAACAACGGUCACCGGGGAGACUAGAUCGGGAAGACGCCCCCUGUGGAUUGGCUGCCACUCGCUUCACCGCCUGUGGAGAACCACUAGAAGGGGCAGGUCCGGGCAUUGCAGUGGGAGAGCCGGCUGUCCCAGAUCCCAGGCAGGAGAGCGCCUGGCUGCGGCUCAGAAGGACGCAGAGAUGAUCGACCCCACAUCCAGCCAGAUCAUGGGUGUUAAGGUGCAGUCGGAAUUUGAACAGCUCCCCAAACUGCAGCAGGAUCUGGAGAGGUGUCCCAGCUCGGUGGGUGGAUUGGCUAUGAGGACUGGAACAGACGUGCCGACCGAGUCCGCCGCAUCGGCCACUACCUCUAUGGACAUGGCUGAAGAUCCUGGAGCCAACUUAUUCCCGCCACCGCUACCCCAGCCCCGGAUCUGUAUGUGGAAAUACCUGGACAUCCAUUCUAUGCACAGACUGGAGAAGGCAGCCACUGUGGAAGAGAUGAGAGAGGUUCUGGCUGAGCUCUUGGAGCUUGGCUGUCCUGAACAGAGCCUACGGGAUGCCAUUAUCUUGGACCUCUUUUCCCAUGUGCUCAUCUUCUGCCGCCAGCAGGGCUUUUCACUAGAGCAGACAUCAGCAGCUUGUGCCUUGCUCCAAGAUCUUCACAAGGCCUGUGUUGCUACCCCUUUGGGCAAUGUGGAGGAGUGCUACCGUUACUUUACGAGCAGUCUCUUCUGCCAUGGAGUCAGGCGGCCCCCUUUUAGCAUCGACCUCUUUAAAGAGGAACAGCUGCUGGCGUUGGCAGACUAUGUGGUCAACACCUACUUCCGCCACUUCAAGCUCUACAAAUAUGUCUUCACACCCCAGGUUCGGCUGGACCUGUCUUUGACUUACAUGGGGCUACAGCUACCCAAGUCCUGGCCGGAGGAAAAAGAAGAUGGCGAGGCCACAGCAGAACAAGGAGCUUCUCCACAGGAGGAAGAACCAGAAACUGUGACCCAGCCAGAGCAACAGCCAAGUGAGGUGUGCAUCCUCCAAACCUAUAUCAAGACCCAGCUGAGCAAGGAGCUGAGGCAGCUGCAGCAGCUGGUGGAGGGACGGCUCAAGGAGAGCGAGGAAAGGAUGAGCAGCAAACUGGCUGCCCUGGAGCGGCCCUAUCAGCCCCCGCCCAGCAAAGGCAAGGCCAAGACCAAGUGAUCCCCAGCAUCCUCUCCAAUAAAGACCUGACCAGAGCAGCCCAUCCCCCACCUUCAUGAGCACCCUCGUGCUUCCCUGUGCAGCCGGACAGCAGGCAUGGGCGCUGGCUGUCCCAGGCUCGUAGCAGUUUUAUUUCAGAUGCAUCACAGACAGCGAUGACAAGGCCAGGCACGACAUGGGAAGAGGUUCCCCUCCACCUCAGCCCUGACCUCCAAGUCCAGGAUGGGUGGAGGUAGAGGGCUGGUUUCUGCGAUGAGUACCAUUAUCAGUGGUAGACUUGGCAAGGCAGGGCUAAGGUCAGAGACCCAACAGGCUGGAAUGAUAAAAAAAAAAAAAAAAAAAAUCUCCUCCUGGAGAGUCCUGCUUUUUGG